AUGACGUCGGAGCGUUCUCGAAUCCCGUGUCUCUCGGCUGCUGCUGCCGAAGGAACAGGGAAAAAGCAACAAGAAGGAAGAGCAAUGGCGACACUGGAUCGCAAAGUGCCCAGUCCGGAGGCGUUUCUGGGCAAACCCUGGUCCUCCUGGAUCGACGCCGCCAAAUUACACUGCUCCGACAAUGUAGAUUUAGAAGAGGCUGGAAAAGAGGGUGGAAAAAGCAGGGAGGUUAUGAGGCUUAAUAAAGAAGAUAUGCACUUAUUUGGCCAUUAUCCGGCACAUGACGACUUCUAUCUCGUAGUGUGCGGCGCCUGCAAUCAGGCCAUCAAGCCGCAGGUGUUCCAGGCGCACUGCGAGAGAAGACACGGUUCAAUGUGUAGACCUUCUCCCUCUCCAGCAUCUCCAUCGUCCAGUUCCAGGACAGCAUUAGGACAGGUGAAAACCAAAGCCUGUCUCAGCGGCCAGAACCCUGCCAACAGCACCUCAAAGCCAUUCAAAACGCCCAAAGACAAUCUACUUACCUCCAGCAGCAAACAGCACACGGUCUUUUCUGCAAAGGGAUCCAGGGACAAAGCAUGCGUUCCGGUUCCUGUAGUCAGUUUAGAGAAAAUUCCUAACCUAGUGAAGGCAGAUGGUGCCAAUGUCAAAAUGAACUCGACAACCACUACUGCGGUCACCUCCUGCUCCACCUCGUCCUCUGCAGUCUCCACCCCACCUUUAAUUAAGCCAGUCUUGAUGUCCAAGUCAGUGCCACCCUCCCCAGAGAAGAUCUUAAAUGGCAAAGGAAUUUUGUCUGCCACAAUAGACAAGAAACACCAAAAUGGCACCAAAAACAACAACAAGCCUUACAGGAGACUUUCAGAGAGAGAAUUUGACCCAAAUAAACACUGUGGAGUAUUGGAUCCCGAGACAAAGAAACCUUGCACAAGAUCCCUCACCUGCAAGACACAUUCGCUAAGCCAUCGGAGGGCAGUCCCAGGCCGGAAAAAGCAGUUUGACCUCCUUCUGGCAGAACACAAAGCCAAGUCCCGAGAAAAAGAAGUUAAAGAUAAAGAGCAUCUCCUGACUUCAGCAAGGGAAGUACUUCCGAACCAGCCCGGGCCGGCGCAGGACUCUCUGCCAGGACCUUCUGGGAGCUCUGGGCCAGAACCAAAAGUCGCAUCCCCUGCAAAGUCCAGGCCACCUAACUCUGUGCUUCCCAGACCGUCGUCUGCAAAUAGCAUCAGUAGCAACACAUCUUCGAAUCACAGUGGCUACACUCCGGAACCCCCGCUACCCCCAGCUGGAGGCGACCUCAACAGCCGGCUGUCAAGUGAUGAAGGGGAGAUGGAUGGAGCCGACGAACCCGAGAAGUUAGACUGUCAUUUCUCUACCCACCACCCCAGACCUCUUGCGUUUUGCUCAUUCGGGAGUCGCCUCAUGGGACGAGGGUACUAUGUGUUUGAUAGAAGAUGGGAUCGUUUUCGAUUCGCACUAAACUCCAUGGUAGAAAAACACUUGAAUUCCCAGAUGUGGAAGCACAGAAACCCGAGCCCCAGGGCAUCAGGUCCCUCCCCCCUUUUCAGGACUUGCCUAACCAAUCUGCUGUCACUGAGCAACAUUGGGGCUGCCUGGGUGUCAACUCUGGAGAGCGUAGCACCCCGCUGCCCUCUCAGCCUCGCUGCCCAAACCCCAGGCCCCGACGGGCCCGAACCUGGAGGGAUGGCAGCCGAUGGGGGCGUGGAAGACAUUAGGAAGAAAAGGAACGGCCAAGACUCUUUUUUCUUUAACAAGCAUUUAACUCUGCAUCAGGAGACGCCAACACAGUAUUCUCUUUCAGCCAGGAAGAUCCCUCCUGCGGCAGAUAGCCCCAUGCCCUCGCCAGCAGCCCACAUCUCCACCCCUGUUCCAGCAUCCGUUUUACAGCCUUUCAGCAACCCCAGUGCUGUGUAUCUUCCUUCAGCCCCCAUCAGCUCGAGACUCACCUCUUCUUACAUAAUGACAUCAGCCAUGCUCUCAAACGCAGCUUUUGUGGCGUCGCCGGACCCGAGCGCCCUCAUGUCACACACCACAGCUUUCCCCCAUGUGGCUGCAACCCUCAGCAUCAUGGACUCAACCUUCAAGGCCCCAUCCGCCGUGUCCCCGAUACCAGCCGCCAUCCCUUCCCCAUCCCACAAGCCAUCCAAAACCAAAACCAGCAAAUCCUCAAAAGUCAAAGACCUGUCCGCCCGUAGCGACGAGUCUCCAAGUAACAAAAAGAGGAAGCCGCAGCCUUCGACUUCCUCCUCCUCCUCCUCAUUAUCCUUGCAGACAUCCCUCUCGUCUCCAUUAUCAGGGCCCCACAAAAAGAACUGUGUUUUGAAUGCCAGUUCAGCUUUGAACUCCUAUCAGGCGGCCCCUCCCUAUAACAGUCUGUCUGUGCACAACUCAAACAAUGGGGUGAGCCCCCUCAGUGCCAAACUGGAGGCCUCAGGACGGACCUCGCUGCCUGGUGGCCCCGCGGACAUAGUGAGACACGUGGGCUCGGUGGGCGGCAGCAGUGACUCCUGUCCCCUCUCUGUGCCCUCCCUUGCAGGGGACCUCUCUCUGGCCUCACACAAUGCCGUGUCUUCGCUGCCCCUCUCUUUUGACAAAUCAGAAGGAAAAAAGCGUAAGAACUCGAGCUCUAGUAGCAAAGCCUGUAAAAUCACUAAAAUGCCUGGUAUGAAUAGCGUUCACAAAAAGAACCCGCCCAGCCUUCUUGCACCGGUGCCCGAUCCUGUUAACAGCACCUCCUCUCGGCAGGUUGGGAAAAAUAGCAGCCUACCUUUGUCACAGUCCAGUCCUUCAAGCAUAUCCAGCCCAGGACACAGCCGACAGAAGACCACCAACAGAACGGGCAGGAUAAGGACUCUUCCUUAACAAGACUGUGAAGCCACUUCCAAACCCAUGCCUGGCCACCCGAGGCGGGAGGAGGAGGGAGGGGUGUGGCAGCCGGGGAGAGUCUGUUUCCUGUGCUGUGCCAGUGGCUCUGGCCUUUCUUCUUCCUUUUUUAAUUGACCGGUUUUUAGUUCCUAAGAGAAAGCAAAAGGCAAAAGAACGUGAAUUUAAGAUUUACAGAAAACAAUACCAGUGUUUGGUUUCAGUUCCUUCAUUUGCCACGUGUACGUGUUCUUCCAAGUUCGGGGUCGGCCCUCUAGCUUCCGAUGCUGCUACCGCACCAUCAUUUUGCUCCAGCCAGGAGAGCAGAUGUUGCCGAGUGUCAGUUCCUGGUUGGCUUUGUCUGAAACUCUUGAACUUGAGCACAUGCCAGUGCUCCUUCCCUUGACCUCUCCCACCCGUCCCUUCCAUCCCCUCCCACCUGCCAUCCUCGGGGGUCCCCACUGGCCAUCGGCAAGGGGCUGACUCUCACGAGUUCCCCUCUGGACAGCGUGCUGGGGGAGGAGCUUUGCUGGGGAAGAGCCUGUGUCUGGGGAGCCGAGAGCAGAGGGCCGGCCCGCACUGAGCGCCCCCAGCAGGUUUCUGUGCAGCACCAGCACCGUAGGAGCCAGAUGCUAUGGGCGAAUUGGAGAAAAGUGGCCACUGAACUGUGUCAUUUACCCAAUACCACUGUCCAGCUGUGCAGCUCAGAGACGAUAUCAUGGGUCAGGAACAGGGGCUGGAAUAGGCCUGGAAGGUGACAGGAAGCAGAGCAUAUGCGUAGGGGAGGAUAUCUCCCCAAAGACGGAGGAAACUGGGCAACUGACCAUCUGAGCUUUUUAGGAAUCCAUGCUGCACAGUCCCUCCCAGGGUGCCAUGCACAAGGGCCCCAAAGCUGAGUGAGCCAGAGCAGAAGGGAUCCCUGCUCUGUGAAAAGGGCCCCCUGUGAAAAGGGCCUGAGACCCCAGAGCCCACUGUGGGGGGGGAAGUUCCUAAGCUGCCCUACGGGGCUAGGCCAGAGGAGAAAAAGCAAGGGUCUGAGGGAAAGCUUCCAUGGAGGGUUAAAUAUCAAACACCUUGGUAGAAUAAAUACUAGCACUGACUGCCCGCCCCCUCCCAGGCCCCGGGCCCCAGGGUCCCGUGCAACAGUAUACUCAGAGCUCAGCUUAUCCUAGGUUAUCACAAGCCCAGACCCACAUACAGCCCAGCCACCACCUAGUGAAGAGUCAUUUGGAAGAGAGGGAAGAAAGAAGCCAGAGCCCUGCCACUCUAAAACCGUUCACACUGGAGUUUUGAAAGAAAUAGCAAUAUGAUUAGCUCUAAAAGGGAAUCAUAAUCAGGAAAGGAAUUCACAAUAUGACAUAGGCAUUCUGUGCUAUUAAUCAUAAAACUUUGCAUACGAGAUAAUAGCAAGAUCCUAGGACGUUUGGCUUCAUCCCUAACUCAGAAAUGAACGCCCGAUUUACAGCUGGAUGCACAGCAUCACCCCCACCCUGAAGUUUCCCUUUUCCUUCCCAUCCCCCCCAACCCAAAGAUCAGACUACUGUUAAGUUUCACCACAUUGGAAUUUGCGAAGACGGGAAGCAAACGGAGUGAUUUGUAUCAAUGGAAUUGCACUGACAGUGUUUCUUAUAGGAUUCCUAAAAUUUUUAAUAUAAAAUGAAAUUUUUUUAAAAAUCAGGAGUUGAUAUUAGGUACCAGGACAUUAGUUCAGACGAUUUCAUUUUUAUUUCUACAGUGUUAAAAGUGCACUUAUAUGCUGGUUUAUUUACGUCUUGGGAAAAAGAGACUGCGAAUUGAAGGGAAGAUGGUUACUCUUUCUUUUUUAAAAAAAAAAAGUUAAGGCA